UCUUUUCGAAAGCAUAGGCGAUCUUCGGACGCUGCUGGUUUUUGACAGCAGCGGGGGAGCUGGUGAGGAGGAGAGCGGAGGAUCCGUGCGGACCACAGCUUGCUGCUGCAGCGGCUGAGGGGGACGGACACACACAUACCCUACAUACAGUCAUUGGCCGGGCACGGUCCCUCAACCACACACACGCACACGCACGCACGCAAACAUACACAUACACAUCAUUUUCUACAGCAUCACCUCACACACUCACAGCCGGGGGAGGAAACAGGAGCCGGUUUGCAGACGGUUUGAACGACCUUCUGAGGAAGAGACGGUGGCUGAAGUUGAAUCCUCACAGACUUCUUCACCGUGUUGACCACCUGAACUGCUGUUGAACCUGGAUAAGAAGGUUUUCACCAUGACGCACCCAUCCAUGGACUGGAAUAGGAAGUGGACGCCUGGCUUCGGAGCUGUGCUGCUCAUACUCUUGAGUCGCAUGACAUCAGCGCUAGAGGUGCCUCUAGAUCCUAAAGUACUGGAAGGAUUGCCUCAACCCCCAACUAUAACACUACAGUCCCCAAAAGAUUACAUCUUUGAUCCGCGGGAGAACAUCGUCAUCCACUGUGAGGCCAAGGGGAAGCCAAAUCCCAGCUUUUCAUGGACGAGAAAUGGAACCCACUUUGACGUCGAGAAAGACUCCAAAGUCCUGAUGAAACCCGGUUCAGGAACUCUGGUUAUUGACAUCAGCGGGGAGAAGGCGGAGGCCUACGAAGGAACGUACCAGUGUACAGCUCACAAUGAGCACGGCACCGCGGUUUCCAACAACAUUGUCAUCAGGCAGUCCAGGUCCCCCUUGUGGUCGAAGGAAAGAAAUGAAGCCAUCACCGUGCAGAUGGGGGUCUCCCUGGUGCUGCAGUGCCGACCCCCUGCCGGGCUACCCCCUCCUGUCAUCUUCUGGAUGGAUAACAACUUUCAGAGGCUGCCGCUGGAUCAGCGAGUGUCCCAGGCCCUGAACGGAGACUUGUACUUUUCAAAUGUUCUCCUAGAAGACACCAGGAGUGACUACAUCUGCUAUGCUCGCUUCCCCCACACACAGACCAUCCAGCAGAAACAGCCCAUUUCAGUCACCGUGCUCAACAACAGCCCAGAGGGGGAGCGUCGCCCUGGUUUCAUGACACCUCAGGGUGCCACCAGCACCAAGAUGGUUCUGAGAGGGGAGACCCUGGAGCUGGAAUGCAUUGCUGAGGGCUUGCCUACGCCAGAGAUCUCCUGGAAGAAGAAUGGAAGUGAAAUGCCAAGCAGCAGGAUGUCCUUCCGUAACUUCAAGAAAACGUUGAAGAUUUCGGAUGUGAAUGAAGCCGAUGCGGGAGACUACCGCUGUACGGCUACAAACAGCCUGGGCACUGCAGACCACGUCAUCAAGGUCACUGUCAAAGCGGCUCCUUUCUGGGUCAGUGCUCCCAGGAACCUGAUCCUCGCUCCGAAUGAGACUGGCAUCCUGACUUGUCGAGUCAAUGGAGAACCCAAACCGAAGAUUAGCUGGUUUGUGAAUGGAGUCCCCAUAGAGAAUGCUCCUGAGGACCACAGCCGCAAGGUGGAGGACGACACUGUGAUUCUCAGCAACGUGCAGUCAGGAUCCAGUGCUGUCUACCAGUGCCAUGCGUCCAAUGAGUUUGGCUACGUGAUGGCGAAUGCUUUUGUCAAUGUUCUUGCUGAACCACCAAGGGUGCUCACUCCACCCAACCGAGUGUACCAGGUCAUCACCAACAACCCUGCACUACUUCACUGUUCCUCCUUUGGCUCUCCAAUACCGACCAUCACAUGGUUCAAAGACAGUCAGACCAGUAUUAAGAAUGGUGACCCAUACGUGAUCUAUGAGAAUGGUACACUGGAGAUCAACGUGGCCCAGCCACUAAACAGCGGAAAGUACACCUGCAUUGCCAGCAACAACCUGGGGAUCAAGGAGAACCACGUCUUCCUGGAGGUUAAAGAGCCCACCCGUAUCCUGAGGCAGCCGGAGUACAUGAUGGUGCAGAAAGGAAUGAGCGCUGUGUUCGAGUGCAAAGUCAAACAUGACCCUUCCCUUAUUCCCACCAUGACCUGGCUCAAAGACAGUGGAGAACUGCCAGAUGACGAGAGGUUUGAGGUGGACACAGACAGUCUGACCAUUAAAGAUGUGACAAAUGAAGAUGAGGGCACCUACACCUGCAUCAUGAACACAACCCUGGACCAGGACUCAGCCAGCGCUAUGCUGACUGUCGUCGAGGCAACUCCUACUCCGGCUAUUGCCUACGAACAACCCGACCCUCCGACCGACCUGGAGCUGACUGACCAGACUGAGAGGAGCGUUCAGCUCACCUGGAUCCCUGGAGAUGAACACAACAGUCCCACGCAGAGUUUUUUGAUCCAAUAUGAGGAUCUGCUCCACAUGCCAGGAAUUUGGAUCAACCUGACAGAAGUUGUCGGCACCAGCACCACAGCACAGUUAAACCUCUCCCCGUACGUCUACUACUCUUUCCGAGUGCUGGCUCAGAAUCGUGUGGGCUACAGCCAGCCCAGCCAGCCCUCGCGCCAAUACAGGACCAACCCCGCAGCUCCUGAUGAAAAUCCAUCAGAUGUUCAUGGAGAAGGAACUGAGCCUGACAACUUGGUCAUCUACUGGACACCACUGACAGGAUUCCAGUCCAACGGGCCUGGUUUGGAGUACAAAGUGCAGUGGAGACAGAAGGACACGGACGAGGAUUGGUCAUCAGAGAACGUGGUCAACGCCACCCACUUCGUCGUGACUGGAACCCCCACCUUUGUGCCAUUCGAAAUUAAAGUUCAAGCUGUGAACAACUACGGCAGCGGACCAGACCCUGAAGUAGUGACUGGGUACUCUGGAGAAGACUUGCCUUCGUCUGCUCCUGACAGUGUGAAGAUCAUGGUUCAUAACAGUAUGCUAGCAGAGGUACACUGGGAGCCUGUACCUUCCCCUUCAGUAAGGGGAAAACUACAGGGAUACAAGGUAUACUAUCGGCGUGAGCGCGGCUUGGAGGAGACGGAGGCGAACAUGGAUGAGGAGACGCAGCUUUUGACGUUCAGUGGGAACCGUACCGAGGGGCGUCUGCCAGGCCUCAAGCCUUACAGCCUCUACAGCCUCUUCAUCAGGGUCAUUAAUUACAAAGGAGAAGGGCCUGCGAGCCCCAGCACGACAUUUGAGACACCUGAAGGAGUCCCCGGACCUCCUUCUUUUAUGAAUGUCAUCAACCCCGGUUUGGACUCUCUCACUGUGGUUUGGGGUCCACCAAUGAACAACAAUGGACGCCUCGCUGGAUACACACUGAAAUACCAACCAGUCAACAUCACCAGUGAACUGGGACCAGUCAAGGUCAUGACCUUUCAAGCCAACGAGACCACCAUUACCCUGAGCAACCUGAACUCCAGUAUGCUGUACAAGUUUUACUUAAGUGCAAAGACAAUCAAGGGCUCUGGCCCCAUCAUCACAGAAGAGGCCUUCACAGUCAUGGACACAACUCGUACUCAGCCCACUGUAGUGACGGGCAAAGGCCCCACAGAGCCCCCUCACCCAACUUCCCCCAUCACUCAGUCUCUGCAUCCCCCGAUUCACAAGGCGCCUCCUGUAGGCCCUGCGUUUGGCACAGUUAACACGUCUAUAUUGGAGGAUGGUGCGGUGAUCAGUUGGGAAUACUUUGGACACCAUAAGAAUGUAUAUGUGGAAUAUAUUGUAGAAAACAGUAAAGAGGACUGGAAAAAGGAGUUGGUAAACGGUUCGCACUCACAUAUGAUAAAAGGUUUAAAACCGGGGACGACCUAUAAGGUGCGUCUGGUAGCUAGAGACCCGGUUGACCCGACGGUCCACAGCACAGGCGAAGUGGACGUUACGGUGCCAGCCGCACCCAACCGGCAGGUAGACAUUGCCACCCAGGGCUGGUUUAUUGGACUGAUGUGUGCCAUCGCUCUUCUCAUCUUGGUCCUUCUCAUUGUGUGCUUCAUCAAGAGGAACAAGGGUGGCAAAUAUCCAGUGAAAGAGAAAGAAGAUGCUCACCAAGACCCUGAGAUCCAGCCCAUGAAGGAGGAUGAUGGGACAUUUGGAGAAUACAGUGACACAGAGGACCACAAGCCGCUGAAGGGCAGCCGGACGCCGUCCAAUGGGACGGUGCGCCGCGACGAGAGUGACGACAGCCUGGUGGACUACGGGGAGGGCGGGGACGGACAGUUCAAUGAGGACGGCUCCUUCAUCGGCCAGUACAGCGGCAAGAAAGAGAAAGACACACACGAAGGCAACGAGAGUUCGGAGGCCCCGUCGCCUGUCAACGCCAUGAACUCGUUUGUCUAACGAAGGGCCGCCGCCCGGCUGCGACGAUUGCUGUGGCCACUCCUCGUCACCCUGGCAAAUGUGACCAUCUCUGUGGUGACAGUUGCUAGGGUGACAGUCGUUGUGGACACCCUAUUUUUUUACCGUGGUGGCCGUCACUUCGGUGGCCAUGGCUACCUUUCACCAAGACUUGCUGACACGCCCUCAUCUCCACACCCGCCAGCCCCUGUCACACUGUGACCUCCUGAUCAACACACACUCCACCUGGCGAAGACCGACACCCCCACCCCACCCCACCCCCCUGACGGUUGAAAGAAGGCGUGAAACGAGGGAUGUGAGGACUUCGAGAAGAGGGAGGGAGAGAGGAAGCAAUACAGAAAAGCAGAAGGAAUGUACAAGGUGUAUUACCACUCAGACUGAGCAGGAGUGUGGCCAAGUGUAUGUGUGUGUGUGUGCGCGUGUGUGUGUGUGUGUGUGUGUAUGUUAGUGUCAUUUGAUCUCCUUUGCAAACAUACUAAACAUGAUGUAUCCAAAUAUAUAUUUUAUCAAAGUACAGUACAUGACCCGCAGGCAGGCAAAUAUGCAUCGAAUCACAUUCAUGAACAUCUGCAUGGAGUAAAUCAUGAUUCUAUGAAGCAUUUUACCAUCGUUGUGUCAGUUGUUGCAGAGGUGAGCUGCGUGUUGAGACUGUAUAUGGUGCACACCUACUAGCGACUGGGUAUGAAUUUUAUUGUUUUCUUUUUUGUUUUUCUUUUUUUGUCAAAGUGUUAAAUGGCGUUUGAUAUAUAUAGAGAAAAAAUGGCAGCAGUGCCUUUGUGGGCAUUGCUGUGAAAUGUGCGACUCAAAGUAGAAGCUAGCCUAUUUCUUUUUUGAGACAGAUGUUUUGUACAUAUGUAAUAGAAUAAGAAGAAAGCUAUAUUUCAAGGUCAGGGAUGUCAAUUCGCAGUCAUUGGAAACCUGUCUAAAACAUCUUUGAACUCAGCGUUCAGUCACUCCUUAUGACGCCAGCCAGGACUCACACUGAUUUGGUCUAUUUUUAGCCUCAUGUUUUCUCAAGCUUGUUCAUUUUUAUUUACUUUUUUUUGCUUUUUCUUUCCCGAUCUGUUCCCUUACACCGAGCCUAUAUGCUUCUUGUUACCGAGCACUAACUGAACACAAGUGGAGAUGUGAUUGAUCCCAGUGUCAUUGUCAAGCGCUUCCACCCCGAAAUCAUGGCCACUACGCAAGCCUUUGUUUGAGGCCAUCAUGGUAUUUUCAGAACUAACUGCUUAUCCCAGCAUUGUCUCCAAUAGCAUUCCCACUUCCGUGUCUGCUACGUAUACUGGCCGCAAAGAGAAAAGCUGUUGCAUGAAGAGGUUUACUGAGUACACACGACCUCUUAGCAUGGUUUCUAGUGCCUUUGUAGAGAAGUGUUUUUUUAGAUCCAUAGUUGCAUCCCUCUUCAUGCACAGGACAGACCUGGGCUCAGUGCAGUCCGUGAAUACAGUACAUCCAAAAUGCCACCUCGAUUUAUUUAUAUAACAACUGCAGAUGCUGUGUGAGUAUUCAAAACUGCAUUAAACAUUCAUGGAAAAAUAAGCUCCACAGGUUUGAUGAUGUUGUAGAGUUUGUUCAUAAGGGCACAUUAAAUCUACAGCCCUUUAUUGUGAGCUAUAUGGUCACUGAGUAUUGUGAACCAUCCAUGUGGGCUUAUUAAUUUAAGAUGGCCUCUUCGAGUCUCAUUAUAGGGUCCAGGUUUCCUACACAGGGCUGAAAAUUAUUUUAAAAAUGCAUUUUAAAAAAAAAAGAGCUUUUUCACAGUUGUGCACUGGUGUUAGAUGUGAGGAAUAAUCUUCAACUAUAGAUUGUUAUGGCCUUGUUGACAAUCAUGUUAUCGAGCUAUCAUCAGCCCAUUUGGUAUAGAAACAGACAAAUCAUACCAUUCCAGCUAUGAAUUGCAGACUGAGCAAAUGUGUAGAAAGCCACGAGGUCACAGCAUGGACGCCUGAUGACACGUCAUCACGUCUCAUUUAUUCAUUUCAACCCAUUCUCCUCCUAACCCAUUCAUCUUGAGGAGGAGCCGCUGCUCAGCAGCACUAAACUACUGCCAACCUACUCACCAGGUAACUGCCAACGGGGACCGGACUCUAUAAGAAUGGGACUUACUGUUACUGGUUGCACUUAGAAGAGAAGGGGUCGGAAAAUUGUGUAAUGAUACUGAAUGUGGAAACAAGUGUAUCUGUUUAUGUGAAUGAAAAUAUUGCUUGUUUCACUGCAAAUGGUAAACACACUGGUGACUUUGGUUUAUGCAUUUAACCUUAUAUCUGUGUAUGUUGUCACGAUCCGAGCGCAGCACUCAGUGAGUUUUAUAUUACUGUAAAUGAAUGAAGCUUGUGUGUGACUGUCCGGGUGCAUGGGUGUGUGUGAAUGUUUGGGUGCGUGUGUGUGUGCGCAGCACAUGCAUGGUACUAUAAUAAAGCGUGCGUGAUGUAUAGUAUCGCUUUCUAUUUCCAUGGAUAACAGUCUAUAAUUCUGUGUCAAGCAGUCUGCGCCUACUCUCAACAGGAGAUACAAGACUUUUUUUUUCUUUCUUUCUUUCUUUCUUUUCCCCAAGAGAACAUUUCCAUGUUUUAGGUUUAUCAUAACUUGCAUCAAGUUUUUAGGUUGCAUUGUGUCAGCUUUUCACAUGUAGAUAUUUUUGUUGUAUUUUGUAAAUAACAGCUUGAGCUGAGCGUAGAUGUGUUGAGGUCAGAGGUGAGAGCUUGGCCUCUGCUGCAUUAUGGGUAAGGGAGGGUGCAAAAUGGCUUUGUGUGAGAUGAGACUAUUUGCAGUUUUCACUCUUUUUAUUUGCUGUGAAAUUUAUAAUCUUAUUUCUUUUCUUUUUAUUUUUUUCUAACUUGUCAGGUGAAUUUGCUCAAACAUUUAGCCUAUCAGGUAUCAAAGGAGAUUAUUUAACUUGUGACUGAGCUCUUGUGACACCUGUAUUGUUUGUCUCUGACUGUUCAUGCACCUUUUUUUUCUGUAUUUUUUUAUAUAAAAAUACAGCACACACUUAAACAGGAUUUAUCACUUCAAACAAAUUCAUGCAUCUAAUUUAGGACAACGUGCAGUGUCUGAACGCAGCAUGCUGGAAAACUGUUGUUCUAAACUAGACACCUCCUGAAACUGACGCAUCUUUUUUAAGAGUGUGCAUUUAAAAACAAAAAAAAAAAAAAAAAAAAAAAAACCCAAAACUGUAAUUUGGAGCAUACAGAGCCGGCAUGGACAGAUAAAUGGACUGGCGCACUGGAGUGUGAAUACCCUGGAGACAAUGUUCUAGUGACUGGUGAACAUACAGUAGGAUAUACAGUAUAUGAUAUGAUUAUAAUCUGACAUUCUGGUUAAUGUUGAAGCUACAUGAGAAGCAUGAAAGGCUGUCAAAAUGGUUUACUCUACAGUAUAAUAUUGCAAAAUAUUUUGUAUUUUAAAUGAAUUUAAAAAAAAAAAAAUGAAAUAAAUGUUGGUUUCAGGA